AGUGUUUGACACGCGAGCAGUCUGGAAUAUAUACAAUUAUCUGUCACCAUUAUCGCUAUAUUCUGCAUGAAUUUGAAGCAUUAAAUCAAAAAUUCAAAUUCAUCUCAAGUAGAUAUUGUAUUUAAACACGUGCUAUAUUUGCCGAGAUGUCCCGAAGGGCCUUUUAAAGUUCCUGAUAAGUUUCAAAAUAAUGGCCGAGUCCCGUCUCGGCUAUAUGUUGAUGCUGGAGAGUGGAAGUUCAAAUGAUUUUGAACAGGUUCGAGUAGAGCUGCACAACGACGAACUGAUUGUAAGACGCGAAGCUGGCCGUAAAAGCACAAGUCGCCCUUUAAAAAAUGGUACAUCCUCAUCUUCCAACAAGGAUCCAGUUGAGAAGGAAAGAACAGUUCUUUUGAAACGAGAGUCCAGUGGUCUUGGAAUAAGUGUAAAGGGUGGUUCAGAGAACAAAAUCCCUGUGCUUAUCUCUAAAAUAUACAAAGGUCAAGCAGCUGACAAGUGUGGACAAUUAAACAUUGGGGAUAUAAUUUUGAAGGUUGAUGGAAGAGAUAUGCGAAAUGCAACACAUGAUGAUGUGGUGGAAGCAUUGAAAAAUGGUGGAGAUUGUGUGACCCUAGUUGUAAAGCAUUUAAAAUCAGUGACUCCAUAUCUCAGACAAGCAGCCUCGGUUGGAAAAGAAGAAUCGCAGGAUUCAUCAGUCACAAGUGAAAUCGAAUCCUCUGACAAAUCUCCAGAAACGUCUUCCAACCGUUCUUCGUCAUCCAUGAGCGAGGUCGCUGCUGAAGAAAUCACAAUCCCUCUCGACAUGGCAUCGUUAUCACAAUACAAGACAGGCGAAGAUACUUUAAGAGAUGGUUUUGAAGUGGUCUCGAAGGAUGAGAAGGUAGCGGUAACAUUGUUUAGCAACCAACCCGAGGAUCUUACAGUCUGGUAUAAAGCUGUUAAGAAUAACAUCAUUAUCUCAGCGCGCCAAAUGAUAAGAUCGUUAAAUUCCGCUCUUUCUGAAGACGAACAAAUUGUAUUCAUGAACUGGGUGUGGGAACGUCGUUAUCAGCGAGGACAGAGACAAACAUGGUUUAGAAAAAUGUUGGCGAUCAAAGGAACAAGGAUGUUAUUGUUUGACCGAGCGCCUAGUUCAGUGCGGGAUUGGUCUAGACAUGAAUUUGCGUAUCCGUUAAUCGAGAUUGAACAUAAUGUUUGUAAGCAAGAUGAUCUUCUCGACAAACGAAGGCACUGUUUUACCAUCUCUGACACUCAAAAGAAGAAGCACUAUUUUGCAGUUGAUACGCACGGAGACUUGUUGGAUUGGACGACGAAAAUAAUAAACUCAGUUCGCUCCGCCGUCGAGACAUUGAAGGUAAAAAUAUAUCCUGGAUCAUGGAAGGGAACAAGAGUCAAACUUCAUUUGGAUAUCGAAGAAGGUUUAAAAUUAUACACUGGUGAUGACAAGACGCUGCUUUGGAACCACAAGUUCUCACAGCUCCGAGGCUCAUCUGACGACGGAAGAACUAAACUUACUUUAAUGCUGAAACCCGAAACUGGUCCAGUUGAAGAAAUAGUCAUCGAUUUUGCCAACAUCCGUGAGGUCAUGCUGGCUCUACUGUCGUUUUAUUCCGCCAAACUCGCUGAUAUCGACCCUGCAUUUUUGAAAAAUUUAUGAAGUAUAGAUUACUGACCAUAAAAAAUCAAUCCAGCCUCGUGUGGGACUCAUUAAAGUAUAAACCUAGUCGUUUCUAAAAGGAAUGCUAACCUUAGAUCCCUAGUGUACAUUCAUAUAAACUGUCCCAAAACGCCAUUCGGGUUACAAACAGCAAUGGACGAAUAUGUAAGGUUGAAAUAGGAAGGCUAUUAAGUAAAACUUGCCAAAUCUUUUAAUGCAAUUUCAAACACAGAGUGAUGUUAUGUAAAACAAAUAUGUCCAAAGAAAUUGUGAGGGUGAAAUCGUUAUGCUUAAAUUGUAUUAAAUUCUA